GCUACUGGCCAUCAACUAUUCUGUGCCACAGAUCCAGUUCGCUGCAGCACAGAGUGAUGAUGAGAUGGUGGAAGAACAACAGAGACAAUUUACGGACCGUUAAGAUGUGCAACUUAGAAGUAGUCAGAGGUAACUGGAUGGAGUUCAGUCAGGUUAAAUGCACGGUUGAUUGGAUUAUAUCUGAAGAUCGUAUGCUAUUCGUGACAACUCUGCUAGACUCCAGAUUUCUCGUCCAUGAGGGAGGAUCUCAAAAGUAAAUGACACAACUAAACUUAACACUUUUUCCCUAAAACGGACUGACAUGGGAAACAUUAAAGUUGGAUUGACACCAGCUAAUCAGUCUGAAGGAAUCACAGAACAAGAAGGGAGACCACUGAGGAGAAGUUCUAUGAGUUCACGGGUGACCUCAGCUGUCAAGUUCCUGGAUGUAGGGAUGGAAAUUGAAGAGGAACUUACAAGCCUCCUGCUGACACUAGACAGAGAGAAAAUAAUCUGCAUUGUAGAACAUCUGACGGACGUUAUUGGUGUACAACAAAAAAGUGAUCUUUUGUUUGUGGAGGCGGAAGAUCUCAAACCCUUUCUCACACCAAUUCAAAUACGUAAACUACUUCUUGCAUUUAAAGGAGAUGGCAACAGACCAGAGAACCUGAAUGACACCAUUACUCUGGAGCCUUGCCCUGCUGCAUCAGCUGAAACAUCAAGCCAUCCACCUCACCCCUCCUCCUCCACGUCCACCACUAUGUACAACCAUUACUCCAGCUCUUGGGUCUCACACUUACAGAUUCCUUGGGAAAGAUUUCCACUCCGACUGUCGCAUGCAAUCACAAGAGGAGACAGAGCUCAUCCAGAGGACAGGAGAAGUAUGAUUAGAAUUGUUGUGGAGGCCAUGCAAGUUCUCUGCAGGAACCCUAAACGUGCAUCUUGUGAAGAAGUUGCUAAAAUCAUUGUAAACAGAUACCCUCAAACAUUUGCAGAUUUUACUGAAAAGGGAGAAAGACUGGGUUGUGGACAUUAUUCACUACUAAGAAGCAUCAAAUCUAGAGUUGAACAUGUUAAUCGAGAUAAUACAACACAUAGACUUCGUCAAACAAAGAGAACCAGGAAUGAGGAAGACUACAGUCCCAACAGUAAUGCAACCUCACCUAAAAAAGUUAGAUGCCUUGUUGAUAGCUAUGGUUGUAUAAAUUGGCAACCAGUUGAACUUCCUGAGGGGGAAACACCAGCUUCUUUAGAGGAAAAGAAGCACAUCUUGUUAACAAUUUUUAAUUCAGAAGGACCUGGAGCUGUGGAGAGACCUGAUGUGCAUGACUUCAUGUGCCUCAUAUAUAUUUCUCAGCACCAGCUUAUCAACAGUUGUCCCUCACUUUCAGUAGCUGAAAUUCAGGAGCAGUGGCCAUUCUUGUUUACUCGGAAAGAUCUUUCGAACCACUUUUACAAACUCACAGGCAUCGAUAUCAGUGAGCGCUUAGGUCAGGCCCUCAUAACCAAAGGCAGAAGGAUUAUUAACUAUUUCUCCAGCCAGAAGCUCAAAUGGAACCUUGGUAUAAGGACACUCAUCCAGCAGAUAGAAAGUGAGGGAGUUUUGACCAACAACAAGGUUGGCACAGCAACCAUACUUCUCAUGAUGAAGUAUUACAAGGAAGAUGAAGACUCCCUCUUUGUCUUAGCAGAUGAAACAUCUACCAGGAUGUCCCUUGAAGCAGAGAGCAACCUGCCAAUCACCCCAAGGCUGAUUAUGCUUGGACAAAGUUCAAUGACCGCCACCUGCUGGAUGGUGAGUGCAGAGGGGCGUGGAAUUGUUGAGAUGGACAAAGAGAACACCUUUGCUGAUGCGAUGUCAGUCUUCUUUGGUUCAUUCUAUGUAUUGAACCUGGAAUACCAGGAGUCAGCGUGUGCAACAUUGGAACUAAUUCAGAGGUUUUUUGUAAGGAUAAACCCUGAAGAGGGAACAAAAUGUACCUCCAAGGUUGGGACAAGCAGAAGGACUGGGACCACUGUGAAGCAAAAGGUUGUUCACAUUAACCCUCAUGUCACAACUUUCCUCCAGCGGCUUACUGAAUUUGAGUGGAGAACUUCAAAUUAGAUGAUCCAUGGCCCAUGCUUUCUGGACAUUUACACAAGACGAACACCAAUGAAGACAAGCUCUCUCACCAUCUUACAAGAAGCUGUCUCUGUCCAAUAGGUUUUUUGAGUGCAA